GUGGUCGCCCUUUAAAAGGCUGCCCGGGAAGCCGCUUCUUCGGUACGCUCUUUUUUUUCCGCAUUCCACUCUCUUAACCACGUCCAACUGACUCUCAUUCACCAUGUCUUUCGAAACCUACGACUACAUCGUGUGCGGUGGUGGCACCGCUGGUUGCGUCGUCGCCGGCCGUCUGGCUGAGGACCCCAACGCAAAGGUCUGCGUGAUCGAGGCCGGCCCCGACAACAAGGACCUCGAGAAUGUUCACAUGACUGGCGGCUGGUCGCAAAACUUCGACAAGGAGACCGACUGGAACAUCAUCGCCGAGCCCACCGCCGGCGUCAACUUCCGCCGCGUCAAGAACAGCAGGGGUAGGUUCCUUGGUGGCUGCAGUGGCUUGAACGGCACUCUGUGCAUUCGUGGUACCAAGCAGGACUAUGACGACUGGGGCCUGCCCGGCUGGUCGGGCGAGGACAUGUGGAGGUGCUUCGCCAAGGCCGAGACUUUCCACCCCAAGGACUGGCAUGAUGCUGCCAUGGAGCAGCACGGUACCAAGGGCCCUCUGCACACUGAGCCUCACGAUCUCGCUCCCAUUUCCCAGCGCAUCAUGCAGUCUCUUGAAAGCCAGGGUCUGCCUUACAACGCCGACAUGUUCACCACUGGCGCCGUCGCUAACGGCUGCGGCCACGCCCCCCGUACCGUCCACCAAGGUCUGAGGACCACUGGUGCCGACUUCAUCACCAAGGACCAGAAGCGUGACAACAUCACCAUCAAGACCGACUGCAUCGUCGACAAGGUGGUGCUGGAGAAGAAGGACGGCGAGCUGGUCGCCACGGGCGUCGAGAUCUUCGUCAAGGACGCGGAGAAGUCGACCAUCGUCAAGGCCACCAAGGACAUCGUCCUGAGCGCGGGCGCCUACUGCAGCCCCGCGAUCCUGAUGCGCUCGGGCAUCGGCGCCAAGGACGAGCUCACCAAGGUCGGCAUCGAGACGGCGGUCGACCUCCCCGGUGUGGGUAAGAACCUGAUGGACCACGCCAUCGUGUUCGCGUUCUACGAGGUGGACAAGCCGGGCCUGACCAACGAUGAGUACGCGCACCACACGGGCGGCCUAGCGGCGAGCUACAAGCUGUGGAAGGAGAAGAAGACGGGUUUCCUGUCGACGUUCCCGUUCGGCGCGUUUGCAUACGCGCGCAUUGAAGACCGCCUGCAAGACUCGCGCAAGUGGCGCGAGGCCACGCGCCCCGUCAUCGGCGGCAAGCAGCGCGACCCGAUGGGCCUGCUGCCGAACCAGCCGAACAUAGAGUUCUUCAACACGGAGCUGUACGGAGGACCGAAGCAGUACAUUGACGCGCCGGGCGACGGGCAGCACGCCUUCUCGAUCAUCACGGAGCUGUUCUCGCCGCGGUCGCGCGGCACGGUGACGCUGGACUCGAAGGACGCGCGCGCCAACCCCGUCGUCGACCACAACUACCUGGCGGACCCGCUGGACCUGCUGGUGCUGUCCGAGGGCUGCGCCAUGGCCAACGAGGUUGUCAUGUCGGGCAAGGGCACUAAGGACGUGGUCAAGGGCGCGUGGCCGCCGACGGCCAAGCACCACACGUUCAAGACGCGCGAGGACUGGGCGCCCUAUGUGCGCGAGCAGGCCACGACGUGCUACCACUCGGCGGGCACGUGCAAGAUGGGUCAGGACAGCGACCCUAUGGCCGUCCUGGACGCGCGCCUCCGCGUCCGCGGCGUCAAGGGCCUGCGCGUCGCUGACUGCAGCUCCAUGCCCCUGCUGAACCAGGGCCACACCCAAAUGCCGGCUUAUGGCAUUGGCGAGCGCGCCGCGGAGCUGGUCCUCGAGGACCACAACCCCAAGGCCUUUGUUAUUAGGUAAGGGAUGAGGAUGGGUGCGAGCAAGGAGUAGGGAGCGGUGCGGUUGGUGGAGGCUCGGUCCAGCGCAGCGCGCGAUGGUUCCGGGCGUGUACUAUAAUGUCAGGCGCGAGAGGCGCUUCUUUUGGUUCUUCCUUCGAACAUGUCGUUUAGUAUAUGAAUUUUUUUCUUGCACAGAACACACACAGAGAGUGUGAAAGCGAAAGAGAGAGAGAGAAUGACUGAGAGAAAGAAAGAGAAUACAAACAACACAACCCAACACACAGCACAACACAGCACAGCACAAACAGGAGAGGAAGGAAAGCGGUACCACCGCAGUGCAGCCUACCUAACCAGCCAGCCAUCCUAGGUAAUAACGACUCACUCAGGCUCUUGAU